AUGACUUUGUUAAGAAGUGAAUUGUCUAAUAAAAUAUGCUCUACAACAACGUCUCAAUAUGGUGACACUAAAACCAACAAUAGGAAAAACUUGCAAAAUAGAUUUAAACGAAAUAAAUAUGAAUAUGACAUAAUAUCAUCAUCUAACGAAGAAAACGAAGAACAACAGCAGAAACAAGAACAAGAACGUCAACAUCAUCAUCAUCUACAACAUGACGAUAUGAAAUAUUAUAAACAACCGGAAACGGAAGUUAACAUAAAUUCCAUUCCAGUUAUAGAAAUUGACAUGCCGCAAUGUCCACAAGGUUGUGUUUGUCAAUAUGCUCAUUUAAUGGAUUUACCAAUUUCACGUUGGAUCAAUUAUAUGCAGCAAAGAUAUUCAACGCCAAUGCCAAACGAGGACAAUGAGAACGAUAUCAAUAACGUUAAUGAAGAUUCGGAUUCCGAUUUAAUGAAUAAUGAAUCCUCCUAUGAAAGCGAUUAUAGUUAUUUAAUGAAUCCCUUUAUAAAACAGGCUACAUGUAUAAUUCAGGAGGACACUAACACAGAACAAUUAAUCAACUCAUUGCCACAUGACAUGCAAGCCUUGAUUUUGUUGUACACUGGCGUAGGAAAGAAUAAAACGGUGAAUAGCAGUGUCUUAAAACCAUUAAAUCAACUUACAACUUUAGAAGUUAGAGGUCCUCAAGAUCGUGGUUUACGGUUUUUGCUAGAUGCUCCCUUAAACUUUCUGCAGCAUGCAAAUUUUGAGUCAAUCACUUUAAUUGGUUCUGAGAUCUAUAAGAGACCAAAAAACCUUGUACAUCCCAAAGAAAUGUUUGACUACAAACCCAAUAUUGAACUUCUCAAUAGUUUGGAAUUUAAUGUAGAGGAUAAGCAUAUCAAGAAAUACGAUAAAAAAUUGUUAUUCGAAUUGCAACAACAAGAGCAAGAAGAAUUGGAAAUUGUACCAUACGAAGUGUAUAAAGAAGAAGUGAAAAAAGCUCAAAUGCCCUCAUUUUAUGGAUGGAAACAUUUAGAGGUUUUACGCGUACAGUCAUGCGGUUUAAACGAGUUAUCUUGGGAAAUGUUUAUGGGUCUAGAAGAAUUGCAACAUCUCUCCUUGGAACGUAACGAUAUUGCUGUUGUGCCACCAUUCGCUUUAUCUGGCGCCACACAAUUAAAAACCUUAUCAUUGGCACACAAUAUUAUACACGAUUUACAUUAUCGCAAUUUGGCCGGCCUGUUUGAGUUGCAAGUAUUGGAUUUGAGCGAUAACUAUUUAACUAAACUAACUGAAUUGAGUUUUCCGCCGUUGCCUAAAUUAGAACGCAUUGAUUUUCGUCACAAUCCCAUACGUUAUAUUUUUCCAGCUACAUUCUGGGUCAUGAAUCAAACACAGGAAAUGUUUUUUGGUUCUGCUGAAACUGCCCUAGAGUUGUGGGGAAAUCAGCCAUUUAAAAAACUAAAUAAACUCACAAUAUUGGAGAUUAAUAAUGUUACAAUACAAACUCUAGAUCAAAAUAUUUUCAAGGAUUUAACAUCACUGGAAAAAUUAAGAUUGCGAGGCCAACUCGGUAGAGUGGAAUUUGAUGCGUUUGCAGGACUUUCCCAACUUGAAGAAUUGGAUUUAUCAAAUUGUCAUAUAAAUGACAUUUCCAUGGAUGCAUUUAUUGGCUGUAAAAACCUAAAAAUAAUAAACUUAUCAACAAAUAAUAUCUCCUACAUACCCCCUGGCCUAUUUGACGAUCAACAGAGCUUAGAGGAAAUAUAUUUGAAUGACAAUCAACUAAAGGCUCUGCCUAAAACAUUCUUCCAACAAAAGAGAAUGUUACUGGCUCGUCUAAACAAUAAUCCUUGGAAAUGUUCUUGCGACAUGGCAAAUUGGAAAGCCAAAAUAACCAAUCAAGAAAAGGCCCUCGUCACAGAAAGGUGCAUUAAUGAUUUUCUAACUGGCAAAAAACUAUCUUGUCGCAAUAUUCAAAAUUUUAAAUUCAACAAAAAAUUGGCACCAAGAUGCGACAACUUCAAGGGCCGCAGUGUUUACUACGUUAUGCGCAAACAAAUGCAGUGCAAUCAAAAAUAUCUAGAUUUACGAGCUGCAGCAUCAUCACGCCAAAAAAUUCCACAUUGGCGUAAAAUUGAAGAGAGAAUGCAAAGAACAUUAAAAACUCCUGCAAAUACAUUGAAGACGGACUCUAACAAUCAUCUUCAAAAUCGAAAGAUGUGGCAAUUACAAAAACAAGAGAAGAUAAAAAAUACUUUAAACAAUAUGCACGAGAAUUCACUGAGAUAUCAAGUUUUUAAAACAACUGUAUUUGACGAAAAGCAUCAAAUAAAUGCGACGAUCAACGGCGUUGAACUUUCAAACGAUACCUAAAAGUGAAGUUAAGACACACAUACAGAUAGUCUAAUAUAAAUAUAAAUUUUAUAUUCAAGGGAAAGCAGAAACUUUGAUGAAGAUAGCAAGUCAAGAGUUGUAGGGUUAAUUUUGUUUUUUUGUAUUAUAAGAUGAAACAUUUAAAUAUUACGUGUACAAAAAUUUUAAAUAAAAAUAAGUUUUUCUUAAGAUUCAAUAAAGAUUUUGGAAAAUAUAGUUGAAAAAAAAA